AUGUCUAAUAAUAUCGGAAACGACUUAGGCACUUUUGCACUACCUCCAGGUGACACUUUUAAGCCGAUAUGGCGUUUGUCUAUGGCUCUGUCGAGAGAACUUGGCUUCGGUCAAGCUUACCUUAAUUGCAAAAUGUUCCAGCUUGAGCCUCUCCAAUUUUGUGUUCCGCCUAAUAUUCGAAUAUUCCCUUACGUCGCUCACCCUCAUGCCUGCAUCCGCUUACAGACCAGCCUCUCUGCUCUACUUCAAGCUAGCAGGAGGAUGCCAAAUGGAGCCUGGCCGUGUCCAUUCGUCAAACCACGUAGAAAGGUUGUUGGAUUAAAAGGCUUUUGGCGAAAGAGGUAUCAACAGGAAUGA